AGCACAAACUUGAAAGGGAUUAAACCAGUGUACGUCGGAUCACAUGUGGUCAUUAAUUAUAGAAGAUGAGAAGCCAAUGUGUUUGAUAGCAAGUUUCACAGAGAAGUUCUUUGGGACGGUGCCAAAGACUAACAACAGAUGCAGUUGCUAGCGUCUACUGUUACACGAAACCGCUUCUAGACGAUUCGCUAUUGGCUCACGGGAACACGUGUUUGAUAUUGAAUGUUUUAAGUGGUUGAAUCUAUUUGCCCGUAUGAAAACAUUGGAGUCAUCAACAUCAACAUAAUUCAUUCUAGCUCGCCGAACCUUGACAGCCGGACAGCUUUAUAGUAGCAAUUAUUCAAUAAACAGAUGAGCUCAUAUUUUGUGAAUUCUCUCUCUACGUGUUACGGUCAAACUGCCGGGUUGGAUAACUGUGCCGAUGGAAACUUUUACAGGAAUGUAAAUUAUCCGCCAUCGGGAGCGGUUUACCCGGCAUUCGCCGGUGCGCGUUACCCGUAUGUGUCAAAACAAGAAAGAUUAGAUGAACAAAAUGGCGACUACUAUGGAACUUCAAGAUUAAGCCAUUUACCGCCAAACAGUCCGUGUUCUUCACCUCAGAACUUACACACAGGAUCUCAUACGCCACAGAAUGUGCAUCCUAUACACGCGGACAGGUCAAGCUGUAGUGUUCGAACAAAUUCAAAUUCUGGAAAUGCAUUCUUUCCGAACGGUCAAAUGCGAGGUGCUGGAGGAGGGGGUGGGGAGGAAAGUAGGACUCCGCCACAACAACACACUCCCCCAACUCCAACACAUACUCAAGCACAUGGACAACAACAGAAUUCCCCGGGGGAGCAACAAAACUAUCCCCCACCACAUAUAUAUCCAUGGAUGAGGCGAAUGCAAUAUAGCCAGGGCAAAAAGGCUGAGAGUUUUUCAAGAGGAAUGGACAAUGACGAGGAGAGCAAUGACGGAGAAUCAAAACGAUCAAGAACCUCAUAUACAAGACAUCAAACGCUGGAGUUAGAAAAAGAGUUUCAUUUUAACAAAUAUCUAACAAGAAGAAGAAGAAUAGAAAUAGCGCAUGCGCUGAACUUGACUGAACGCCAAAUCAAAAUAUGGUUUCAAAACCGGCGCAUGAAAUGGAAGAAGGAGCAUAAACUACCACAUAUAGCCAAAAACAUGAACAUAUGUAAUGCUCUAGAAAAAGCAGCACAGGAACGCGCUAAGGAGGCUGCGGCUGCGCAUGCGGCGGCAGCGGCCGCAUCAGCACAACAUAUGUGAUCAGAGUGCAAUCUAUUCUUAUUGUGUUUAUUUCAUGCAUCUAUCCAGUCACAUUAUAUGUACACAUAGACACAACACUGAAUAAGUGGACAGUUGACAUCAGUGAAACUAUUUUCUUCGUUUGUCGAAAAGCAAAAACAAAUGUGUUCAUUGUCUUUUUUAUUGAACAAGAGGACUAAUUUUUCACGUAACGGCAAAAUAACAUUUUAUCUUUUAAUUCAGGUCUUGGGUGCCAGCUGUUUGUCUUUGUACCGAUCAAAGAAAAAAUGUUUUACAUGAGAAUUUGUUUUUACAGCAGAUUUUCUAUUUCGAUAUCUACGUUAUUACAAGUGACGGUUCUAUAUCAAUUUAUGAUACACUUUUAACCAAUUAGAAAAUGGUUAUGUUUAAAUACAGAACAAAUUUUGCCUCCAUUGGAUCGUGUGCGGUUUUUGAUAUACCUUUGGAUAAAACGUGUACGUUUUCCUCCUUGUUAUGGAUAUUUUUAUAUUUUGUAUUAAUUUUGCUGAAAUGAUGCGUUCAGUAUAUGAAACUGAUGGGAAAAAAAUCUACCUUCUUGCGACUGGCUUCUAAAUUUUUGUUCAUGAAAUUGUCCUGUAACACUUUUUGUGGUAAAACUUUCGAUGAAUGAUUACUUUAUAAAGGUGUCUUAAUUUAUGUAGCUAAGUAUUUUUGCAUACCGGGUAAUACCUAAUGCCAAAAAUAAAAAUCAACAGUGACAAUACAAAAAAAAACAACAACGUUUGUAUACAUUUAUAAAUCAAAACUGAAUGUUUCAUAAUGAAUUUUGAGAGAUAUACUUUAUUUGCAUAUUACCGUCUAUGUAAAUUAUAUUGUGACACUGUCUUUCUAUUUAUUAUUUUCGGUCUGAUUAUGCUGCAAAAUGUAUUUUGUUUACAUUCAGUGUAGCCUAGGAAAUAAGUCACAUAUUUGCUGUAAUCAUGUUUUCAAUUGCCUACAUUGUUUAAACCAAGAUUUUGUUUGAAUCACAGAGUCUGCUCUUCCGGAGUUCUGAUAAUAGUUCGUUAUCUUUUUAAGUGAAUACAUAAUACGUUCCGUUUAAUUAAUUAGCUAACUGUUUGUAAAUCUUGUGCAUAUGAACGUCCAACAUAAACCUUCCUCUUGCGGCAGCAAAUGAUAUUUGCGCAUGCGCAGUUCUGUCAGGAAUCUUAGGUUCCAAUAUCAAUAUUAGGCAAUAUCAUGAUACACAUGUUUCUAAACACUGAACUGAUUGAUAUGACUGUGUUAGAAGAACGCUACAAACAAAAUUAAAAACUGAGUUAAUAACUUUUUAAGUGUUCACAAUAUCCACAACAUCAGUUAAUUCACUCGGCGUAUGUAAUAUUUAUUUUAUUAGAUCGAAAACAAUAUAGAGGACAUAAACCUGUUUCUAAUGGGAAAAACUAAAUAUCUAUUUUUAGACUCGAGUGUAAGGGUGUUUAGGGAUGUGCCAUUCUGAUGUUAAGGUUUGGCUGAGAGGGGACAGUGGAGUUUCUAAGGGAGUACGUGGGAUAUGCAAUUUGGAAAACGUAACUCUAGCUCAAAUGGUACGAUCUUGUGUAUAUCUGACAAUAGUUUGAGCAUGAUUGUUUAACACAAUUUCACCCUUUAAAAUUUUGUAACAAAAGCUAUUUGACCAAGUAGAUACCUUUUUUACUUGACUCGACCGGUCCUAAUUCUUCAGUAAUAAUAAGUACUACCGAUACAAAGUUUUGCGAAGCGAAGCGAGUGGAAAAUGUUUUCGAAAAUGACAGUGAUCAAAAUGAAUGUUAACCGAGUUUUAACUGGUUCCAGAUGCGUCCCCCUCUUGUCCCCGCCCUUGACGACACAAGGGUAACAUUAAGAAUGGUAUGAAAGAAACUGAUGUGAGGUAAUAUUCUAAUUCAUGAAAGUCAAGGAAGUGGUGCAGGGUUUGUGCUACAUUUGUUUAUCAAAGGGACAAGUUUCUAGAUGUGUCAGAUUUUCUAAAUCGGUUAGAUGUUUAAGUAAACAGUAAAAUAAAGUGUUUUUAAUGAGUACUAGUAAGUAUAUAUUUGUAAAAUAAAUAUAUUUAGAAGAAAAGCUUUAUAUUGAUUUAGUGAAGCAGUUUCAAAGUAAUGUUAAAUAGAUUUGUUUUAAUUUUGUCGGAUUAUUACGUCACACCGAUACAGUCGAAGAUGAUAUGGCGACUUUCCAGCUUUUAAUGGUGAGGGAAGAUCCCAGGUACCCUUCCGUGCAUUUUGUUAGGGACAAGUAUAGUCUAUCGGCGAGUGCCUGGGUAGAAUCACUGCCAGUCCGGAAUCUAGCUGGAUGACUUCCUCACACGGAAGAAUUCUACUUAAUGAUGCGCUGAGGCGACUGGAAUUGAUCUGUAUUCUGUAUAAUACACUUAAAAUAUCAUCUGACAUUACACUGAUUUACAUUUAAGACGGUGCUUAUGAUGUUCAUGUAAAGGCCUGCUAUUUUGUAAUGUUAAUCUUAUUCAAAUGAUAUUAUGCCAACAACAAUAAUGUGAGUCCAGUUACACCUAUUAUUACUAUGUAUGUGGUGCUCUGCUAUGUUCUAUUUCCUCAUUAACCUUCCCCCUGCUAAAUUUCUAAAAUGGACUGGUCCAUCAUUCAAUUUGGGCAGUACUACUUAUUAUUCAAAGGGGUGUUCACUUAAAAUAUACUGACUGAAUAGCGAACAGUGAAGACCAAGAUCAGCCUGCACCUCCGUGCAGGCUGAUCUUGGACUGCACUGGUCGCAAAGGCUGAAUCAAUUGCCGCUAGCAGGCUAAAGGUUAAUAGUUACCGUGUAAUAUCAAUAAUAAAGAAAUUUAUGUCUAGCUUUUAGGAAGGUAUGCAUCACAAAACAAGGUUAUAGUAAUUAUUCAUUUUGAAAAUAUGUCAAAGCGCAAAACAGACCAGAGCAGUGUUCGCAUUGCAAUGAAUUACGACAGUAAGUUUCAAGGAUUAUGCUCUUUUAACUUGUAACAUUUUGUGCCAUGAAAUACAGUGUAAUUUAUUGAUAACGGAUCCUAAAGAAAGAAAAAUUAGCAUUGUUUUGUAUGUUGUACACGUGUCACAAUAUUUACAAGUACAGUAAUGGUAUGAUUGUACAGUGAUUAUAUUAUUUCUUCAUUACGUGUCAUUUACGUUACACUCUUGACACGACUUUAGUCACAAGUGUCAUAAAUUGAAAUAGUACCUUAAGAAACGUGAACUAUCCUAGGUUUGUUUCCUUGUUUCCGAGGAAACUAUUCGAGAUAAUUUAAAACAAUAACAUACACGAACGUAGAACUGAUUAGAGCUCAAUGCACCAACCUGUCAAACGUGAAACCAAUUUUGCCGUGCCAGUUACGCUUAACGCAUGAUUACAUAGUCUCGGUUUCAAGUCAGGGUAAUUUGAAACAAAAUAAUGAUUUAUUUGAAAUUUGUAUAUCCGUUACGACAAAAAAACCUGAUGUUAGUAUGUUGGGAUUAUUUAUAUAGCGAUAAUUUUUACUACACUGUUAAUAGCAAUAAUUAAUUAAAUCCUUUGGCAUGAAUUUGACAUAUUAAUAAAAAUGGGUUUCUUUUGCGUAACGGAUACAAACUUCGCGUAUUAAGAAAGGGUAAAUUGUCUGCCAUGUUGUCAGUUAAUAUGUAAUGUGAUAUAUUUCAUUUUUCACUUUCUUGUAAAUGGUAGUUUGUUUAGUUUUCAUUGUUUGUACCAGUAAAUUGAUCUUUACUUUGCACUAUGUUGAAGUUACAUAUGACAGUAAAUCUUAUUGUUGUAUUUUAAAUUAUGCCACAUCUUUUUCGAGAAGUGAAAGUUUGCAACUAUCUUGCAGCUAUCUUUAAAGAUUCUAUGAAUAAACGUUCAUGUUAAGGAAGGUACAAUUUUAGAAUUUACUACAGAUUCAAGAAAAUUCUUUACAGAACUAACUUCCUAAAUCAAAUUCAACAUCUGAGACAUAAUGCACCUGACCAGUGUAUAAAUAACGUCACAUAAUUUUGACACAAUAACUUUCAGAAUACAACCCGUUUUCAAUAUUUUAAGUUUAUGUUACAACGGGACAAUUUGUAAUCAUUACGAGUAACUUGCAUAACGUUUCGGGUCACAAGUAACGUAUGCGAAAUGACACUAGAAAUAAAUAGGCUGUUUAUUCAAAACGCAAAAUUAGAAAGUUUUAAUAAAAUACGCUUAAUAAAUCCUUCCAUUUCUUGAUAAUAUUUUUAAUUAUCAAAUAAAUGUCAAAAUUUUCUUAUGUUCCAGUAUUACAAAAAAGACAUAAGACGACAUAUUGACCGGAUAUGUUUUUAUCAUGGUUCAUUUGCCAGUACAAAAGAUUUUGUCAUUACUCACUGCCCUUUUCAUAUUGUUCAAGCUGUUCAAUAUUCAUAUAGCAAUAGUUGUGCCAUAUUUCAUUCGUUUCCAUUUCGUCAUAAGCAUGAUGUUACAUCAUGACAUAUAUGUUUUUUUGUAUCCACGGAUAUCGUUCAAAUUCACUGUUACACAAAGUUGUAACAUUUGUCACGUUUGUAGAAACAUCCGAAGAUAAAAUGUUAUUUUCAUGGUUAGAUAGAUUCAGAAUCUUUGAAAUACAUCACUGUUUCUUUAUGAUUAAAAUGUUGAAAAAUAUCAUUUUGGACUAUAGUUAAUUUUUAAAUUUUAGUUUUUAAUUUUAAAAAUAUACAAUUCGUACCACUUUGUGUAAUAGUGCGCAGUAUGAUAAUCUACGGCCCUGAAUCCAGUCAUUAUAAAUUGUGAGCAUUGUAUUAUGUCAACAUUCAUAUAUGAUUUGUUUUGAAUAUUUUAAUGAAUGAGUUAUUGUUCCAAAUGAAACUGGGUAAACCAUCAUUUAUAUAGUAAAAUAAACCCAAAGUAAAAUGA